GAUUCGUGUUUCUUUUUUGUACUUGAUAUGCAAUCAGUAGUGAUUACACAUUAAACAAUAUUUGUAUUUUUAAUUGGCCUACAGGAUACAUCAAACACUACAAAAGAAAUAUGCUGUCAUUUGAAACCUAAAUUGGUCAACAUGUUUGAGAAAAUUGUAACUGUUCCCCACUUAACAAAUAUUUUAUAUAUGCGUAUAUUUUUUUAAUCAUGUUAUCUUGUGAUACUAAUUCCUUAUUAUCUUUGUUGUGAUUUGCAUAUAAGCAUCAAAUAUCACCCAAGAAACAUGUAGUCAUUUGGAACCUAUAUUUUUGUAAAAUAAAGAGAAAAAUAUAAUUAUUCUGAAUACAAUAAUUAUUUUUAAUUAGUAUAUAUUUUAUAUAUUACAAUGCGUUAGAAUGCUAAUUCUAUUUCAUUGAUUCUUAUGAUUUUUAUAUAGGAGAUAUCAAGUGCAGUCAACGAAAUGUGCAGACAAUUUGAACCUAAAUUUUUGAACAUUAUAGAGAAGUUAAUGAUACAAGUAAUCACAAUAAACUUUUUUCAUAUGUAUUUAUUUUUCAUUCAUAAUAAUUAGGAAUGCUUUAAUCUAAAUAAGAUAUUAUGUUUUUUUUUUUCUCCAUAUAGAAUAAGAAAAAUUAAGACAAUAGUGAGUACAGAGAAUUACUGAUGGAAAACAAAGAAUUAAGAGAUAAGAUAGUUGAUAAAGAAAUAAUUAUACAACGAUUGUCUGAUAAAGUGAAAGGGUUAAAGAGAAAUCACGAUUGGGAAGCUACAUCAUAUGAGAUAAUCAAGGACAUGCAAGUAAAUUCUGAUAUACCACAAAUUUCUACUCCCGUUCAUGCGAAUACGAAGAUAAAAGAGACUUUUGUUACAAAUCAAAACUCUUUAGUGAAGUGUGUAAAAGCACAGGGUAGGAAGAAGAUUCCUUCAAAAGUCUUACAAUCUCCAUACACUAAAAUUUCAUGUAAAACCAAAGGUAAAACUAUAUAUGAAAAUCCUGAAAUUCAAUCACGUAUAGAAAAUAGUGAUGAGUAUAUGUUAUCCCAAGAAGAGGUGAAUGCAAUUACGACUCUUAAAGCUCAGAAUAAAAUCAAAGAUCAAAUAUUUGGCCCACUUCUUGUCGAAAGGAGAUCCUUAGAGUCAUUGUUGAAUCCAAUGAAAUGGGUAGAUGAUGAUGUUAUAUCCAAGUAUACCGAAUUGAUGGCUAUUCGAGAAAAUAGUGGUAGGCAUAAUUUGUUAAAAUGUCACUUCUUCAACGCAUGGUUUCAUAAAUAUGUGUGUACAACGAGAAUUAUAACGAAAGGAGAUAAGAAAUUUGAAGAGAUAUAUUAUGAUGGUAAUGAUGCAAAAAUUGAAAGUAUUAUAAGGAGGAUUCCUUACGAGCUAAAGAGUAAAGAAAAACUUAUGAUCCCAUUGAAUGACCUUUGGCGACAUUUCAUUUAG